AUGGAGAAAACCACUCAACCAUCGCCGGCCGCGCCCGAUCUCGAGGCCAGUCCAACGACGCAAUCCCUGAAAGAGUCCAAGGAGUCCACCCUCCUGCGACGAUGGAAGCAAACCCUCGACCCGACCUAUGCAGACCUGGUGUGUCUGCUCCUCUGCUUCCUGACGGGUCUUUGCGAUAGCAGCGCAUACAAUGCCUGGUCCUGCUUCCUGGGCAUGCAAACCGGAAACACCAUUUUCCUCGGCCUGGGCGCCUCAAACCAACCCGCCAGCAAACCAUGGGGGUGGCUCAAAUCCCUCAUCUCCAUCGCCUCCUUCUUCUCCGGCGCCAUGAUCUUCUCUACCGUCAUGCGUCGCGUCGGCGCCCUGCGCCGUGGCACCCUCUUCGUCUCCUUCCUCAUCCAAACCAUCCUCAUCAUCAUCGCCGUGGCCCUGAUCCAGGCCGAUCUCAUCCCCCACACCUCGACCGACCAGUCGCUCGAUGGGGGCCCGCUCUUCCUGGAACUGAUCCCGAUCGGACUCUUGGCCUUCCAGUCCGCGGGUGCAAUGACCUGCAGUCGCUCGCUCGGGUAUAAUGAAAUCCCGACCGUGGUCUUGACCAGUGUCUACUUUGAUAUUGCCUCGGAUCCGAAGAUCACCGAUAAGCCCACGACCAACGUGAAGCGCAAUCGCCGGAUCGGCGGUGUGGUCUUCUUGUUGGUUGGUGCGAUUGUGGGUGGCUGGUUGAGUCGCAGCAGCGGUGGGAUGCAAUCGGCGUUGUGGAUGGCUGCUGGGAUGAAGUUUGUGGCGGCGAUUGGGUGGCUCUUCUGGAAGGCUGCGCCUGCAAAAUAG